AAUUUGGGAGGUAACCGCGCCCCCUGUUGCGCGCAAAGCGAUAAGGAUAGGAAACAUGGAUGAGAGCGUCUCCUCAGUGUCCUUGAAUUUCAUAUUAUCUAAGAGGAAAAGGAUGGCGAGUACGGACAGCCACUCAGCUCAUGCAGUUCAGGUAAAAUGUCGUCUGUUACUCGUUUAAUUACGUUCACUCGUGCGCUUGCUUGCACCUUUACGCUUAAACUUGAACUUGGGAACAGAUAGUCUUCUAUGUUGCGCACCCGGCUCCGACUCCCCCCUCCCCUGCGCCUCCUCCUCCUCCUGCAGCACCACUGACUGAGCUGUAACGGGACACUUUCUCAGCGCACCAAACCUUAACCCGCCUCCAUCACUAGUGUGCUCAGACCCUCUGCGCGCCUUCCACCGGCUGGGAUGAUGCGGACGCCGGAGACGCAGUCGCAGCCAUGAGGCGGUUGGAAAUGGUCGUGGACAACCUGAUUUGAUGCUGAAUGAUCGGAGGGAAAGCGACACGGCUGAGGGAUUUGCUCAGUAAGCCGGUUUGGCAGACUGGAGAGGAGCAGGGGGCUCCGGACGUGCCUGCAUGAUGCGCCUCCGUGUCUAGGCCCUUCCUAAUCCUGCUGCAGAGAUUCAGAGGAUCUCCUUCAGUCCCCGGACAUCUCACCACAACACAUUUGGCCCCCUGACUCAUCCAGCUCUUCCUCUGCAGCCCUCAGCCACUGAUCAAUCCCUUUAUUCAGGCUUUCCUUCUCCAGACUCUCCCUUCAGACUGGGAUUACACGCUGAUCUGAUACUGAAUCCUGCUACGCCUCGUGAGUCUAUUGUGAACGUCUGACAGUGAUGUCAAAACUCACCCACGUACUAAUGUGACAACAGGUUUACUGUCACUCCUCAUUCUUCUGCUUUCUGGGCUUUCUUCUGUGUUGGUUGGGAUCUGAAGCCAUAGUUCUUCUGUCGUUGUGAGUAAAAUUCUUUGUUAUGAGGAUUUCUGAGACCCGAAAGACUGAGAACUACAGUCAUAUUCAUGCUCAGCUCGUCAAAAAUAGACCUGGACUCUGGAAGGAAACUUAUCCCAUGUGGAGGUUUUAAUGUAGGUUGUGUGACACAGCAUAAAGAGAGGAGUGCUUUAGUUCUGGGACUAAAAAGAUUGAACCCAUUGCAAUUAGUGGACUUUCUGUGUCUUCAUUACUCGGUCUGAGCUGCCCAGUCUGGAGCAGCCUGCUUUCCAGAUGCUGCCAUGCCAAUCAUCAGCAACGCCAACCAUGACUUCAGCAACCUGUCUGUCAGCGAUGACAGCAGUCUUGACCGAAUCUUCACAGAGAUCCCUGAGACUGAGACUGUCAAGGGUGUGUACUACAGGAGGGCUCAGCUUAUCCGUCGGCCAGAGGAUCUGGUGUCCAUCGACCACGCCCUGCUAGCACUAAUCAACGUAGGGGGAAACCGGUACACCUUCCCUUGGAGCACCCUGGAGCAGUUCCCCCUCACACGACUGGGCCGACUCUGUUACUGCAGAUCACCUGAGGACAUCGCCAGAGUCUGUGACGACUAUGACGAAGCACACAAGGAGUUUUUCUUCGACCGCUCGCCGUCUGCCUUCCGGGUCAUCCUGAACUUCCUUGCAGCGGGGAAACUGCGCAUUCUGCGGGAGAUGUGCGUCCUCUCCCUGCAUGACGAGCUGACCUACUGGGGCGUGGAGAUGACAUACAUGGAGCGCUGCUGCAAAAGGAAGAUGUACACACGCAUUGAGGAGGUGAAUGAGCUUGAACGACGUGAGGAAGAGUGCAGGCAGAGAAACGCCAUGCAGCGUGUACCUGUGGAGGAGACGAGGUACAGGAAGGUGAUGAACUGGCUAAGAGAUACGGUGGAGAAUCCACAGUCUGGCAUACCAGCAAAGAUCUUUGCCUGCAUGUCAGUGAUCAUGGUUGCGGUGACUGUAAUCAGCUUGUGCAUCAGCACCAUGCCAGACCUCAGAGAAGAGGAGGAGAGGGGCGAGUGUUCCUCAAAGUGCUACAACAUGUUCAUCAUAGAGACGGUGUGUGUGGCCUGGUUCUCCCUGGAGUUCAUCCUGAGGUUCAUCCAGGCCCGCAGCAAGCUGGACUUCCUCCGUGGGCCGCUCAACAUCAUCGAUGCUAUGGCUAUCCUUCCCUACUAUGUCUCUCUGAUUGUGAAGGAGGAUGACCCAGACUCGGACCAUGAGAGGCCAGGAGGAGGUAAGGGCUACUUGGAUAAGCUGAGCCUGGUGUUGAGGAUUCUACGAGCACUGAGGAUUCUCUACGUGAUGCGGCUUGCUCGCCACUCUCUUGGGUUGCAGACGCUGGGGCUGACGGUCAGACGCAGCACCCGAGAGUUUGGCCUUCUUCUGCUUUUUCUCUGUGUAGCCGUCACCCUCUUCUCCCCGCUGGUUCACUUGGCUGAGAGCGAGCUCACAGGCACCCAUGACUUCAGCAGCAUCCCUGCCUCCUACUGGUGGGCCAUUAUCUCUAUGACAACAGUGGGCUAUGGUGAUAUGGUGCCCAGAUCCAUUCCAGGACAGGUUGUAGCACUGAGCAGCAUCCUCAGUGGGAUCCUCAUCAUGGCCUUCCCUGCUACUUCCAUCUUCCACAUGUUCUCCCGCUCCUACCAGGAGCUCAAGAUGGAGCAUGACCGACUGUUCAAAGAGGAGUGUGCGGCUGCUGCGGCUGCUGCUGCUGCUGCAUCUGGGGAACAGCCGGAGAUGGGAGAUGAAGGAGAAGGGGGGGGCCCAACUGUGACUGGACAGGGACUACGCCUUGACAAGGACAGCGUGCACUCUCUGGAGUCCCUCGCUCUUUUAGGGAAAGGUGAAGAAGCUGCAGGAAAUAACAAUCACAGCCUGCCUCCUGCAGCUUUCUGAACUUUACCUGCAAAGACUGACUUAAUCCUAAACUUCCAAGAAGAUGUGAGUUCCCUCACCUCUUUGUUGCAUAAAAUAAAAGAACUACAAAGACUAUUUCUCCAUAGGCCUCACUUCCCAUAAGGCUGUGAAGGUCUGGAUGAAAGGAGAUUAAACAAACAACAUUUCCUUUUGCUCUUUGGUCUGCAGACUGCACAGAAACUCAAGAGACUUCAAACCCUUUAAAAUGGACAGUCGAGUUUGUCUGACCAGAAAGCCUCUGCAGCAAUAUUAGUAACUGGCUGCUUCCAUAAACAUGCAAUAUUCAAUCCAAAGUUGCUUUUCCUUCCACUGUGAAAAUAUAAAUAUAUAUACUGCAACUGCAACGUUUAGUUUUAUUCUUAUUUAUUUUUAAUAUGUUGCCUACAGUAUGACCUGAAAACGUCUCAUAAUCUACUUUUCUGUCUUGAAUUCAAAGAGGUGCACCUCUUUAUUUAUUUUUGACAAGCUUGAAGCCAUGUUCUGAGAAGAAAUAUAAACUACAUGAUAGUUUGGCCCAUAGAUGAUAAGAUAUAUAUCCAUCUCUCUCGUAUGCUUGAACCCAAAGGGGUGAUGGUUGCUUCAUCCUCUACUGUGAACUCCAGGUAAACUGUGAUGUAAUAUAUUGCAGAAGUGAGAAACCAGAUGGUUUUAAUAAGCUGAUAAGGAAAAAGAGGGAUGGAGAGAAAGGAGUGCUUGUGGUUAGAGAAGAUGUGUGAGUGAGAGAGAGCGAGCGCUAACAACCAUGACAUGUAUUUUACAACGCUCCAAAUAAAAGCUCUCCUCGUAAUCUGAGAGAAAUCCA